GCUCGCGCAGGCGUAGGACUGGGCAGCGCGCCGCGAGCCCAUCGCGCAAGCGCCGCAGUGCCUGGCCGGACGAACCGGCGGAGAGGUCCCAGUCCGCCAUGGCUGAGGCGUCCAGGUGGCACCGAGGCGGGGCUGCGAAACAUGUGCUGCAUUACAGAAAGGAAGUAGAAAUUAGAACCACACUCCAGGAGUUAUUACUCUACUUUAUUUUUUUAAUAAACCUAUGUAUAUUGACUUUUGGGAUGGUAAACCCACAUAUGUAUUACUUAAACAAGGUUAUGUCAUCUCUAUUUUUGGACACUUCUGUGCCUGGUGAAGAAAGAACCAACUUUAAGUCUAUUCGCAGCAUAACUGAUUUUUGGAAGUUUAUGGAAGGACCCUUUUUGGAAGGUCUGUACUGGGACUCAUGGUACAAUAACCAGAAGCUAUAUAAUUUAAAAAAUACCAGUCGCAUCUACUAUGAGAACAUACUUCUUGGAGUUCCCAGAGUCCGUCAACUAAAAGUCCGUAACAGCACAUGCAAGGUCUACUCAUCCUUUCAGUCCUUGAUGGAUGAGUGUUAUGGCAAAUAUACUUCUGCAAAUGAAGACCUGUCUGAUUUUGGCCUUAAACAUGAUACUGAAUGGAAGUACUCUACUUCUAAUACUAACUCCCCUUGGCACUGGGGAUUUGUUGGUGUUUACCGAAAUGGGGGAUAUAUUUUCACCUUAUCAAAAUCAAAAUCUGAAACCAAAAACAAGUUCAUUGACCUUCGACUGAACAGCUGGAUCACAAGAGGGACUAGAGUUGUUUUUAUUGAUUUUUCCUUAUACAAUGCUAAUGUUAACCUGUUUUGUAUCAUCAGAUUGGUGGCAGAAUUCCCUGCAACUGGAGGAAUAAUUACUUCAUGGCAGUUUUACUCUGUGAAGCUCCUCAGAUAUGUUAGCUACUAUGAUUAUUUUAUUGCUUCCUGUGAAAUCACAUUUUGUAUUUUUCUUUUUGUCUUCACAACACAAGAAGCCAAAAAAAUAAGAGAAUUUAAGUCUGCCUAUUUCAAAAGUAUUUGGAACUGGCUAGAAUUACUACUUUUGCUGUUGUGUUUAGUGGCUGUUUCCUUCAACACAUACUGUAAUAUACAGAUUUUUCUCUUACUUGGACAUCUGUUGAAAAGUACUGAAAAAUAUUCAGACUUCUAUUUUCUUGCAUACUGGCACAUUUAUUACAAUAAUAUAAUUGCUAUUACUAUCUUCUUUGCAUGGAUAAAGAUAUUCAAAUUCAUAAGCUUUAAUAAAACAAUGUCUCAGCUGUCAUCAACUUUGUCCCGCUGUAUCAAAGACAUAGUAGGAUUUGCCAUCAUGUUUUUUAUAAUAUUCUUUGCUUAUGCCCAGUUAGGAUUUCUUGUUUUUGGAUCACAGGUUGACGACUUUUCCACUUUUCAAAAUUCCAUAUUUGCACAAUUUCGAAUUGUUCUUGGAGAUUUUAAUUUUGCUGGUAUUCAGCAAGCCAAUCGGAUCUUGGGACCCAUUUACUUUAUCACUUUCAUCUUUUUUGUGUUCUUUGUCCUGCUGAACAUGUUCUUGGCAAUAAUUAAUGAUACCUAUUCUGAAGUGAAAGCUGAUUAUUCAAUAGGUAGAAGGCCAGACUUUGAACUUGGUGAAAUGAUUAAAAAGAGUUAUACAAAUGCUCUUGAGAAACUCAAACUGAAGAAAGCUGAAAAAGAUGAAGACGAGAAAACAAGCAAAAGGAAAGAUUUGGCUGAACAAGCUAGAAGAGAAGGCUUUGAUGAAAACGAGAUUCAAAGGGCAGAGAAGAUGAAAACAUGGAAAGAGAGGCUUGAGAAAAAGUAUUAUUCCACAGAAAUUCAAGAUGACUACCAGCCUGUCACUCAACAAGAAUUUGGAGAACUCUUUUUAUAUGCUGUGGAGCUGGAGAAAGAAUUACACUACAUCAAUUCGAAACUAAACCGAGUAAUGAGAAAGCUCUCGGCUCUAGGACAUUGAGACAAGUGGAGUUAACAUUUACAAAAAAGAGAGGAGAAAUGACAACUGGAUGUACGCCUAUUCUUUGGAGCCCUAUAUCUGAAAAUCACACAAUACUGAAAAGAUCCACAGAAUCACUUAAAGUUUAGAAAAAUGAAGUAAUGUUCCCCACGGCCCCUCCCAACCACCCACCCAAAAAGCUUUUAUAAAAAUAAAAUUAAAAUCCUUACUAAACAGAAACCAAAAAGAAUGAAUGUGUAAUGGAAAAGAUUUCAUAAAAUAAAUGUUUUAAUGAAAUAAAUAGCUUUAUUCUCUCUACUCUGAGACUUUUUUCUUUUAAAAAAGAUUUGUUAAAAGCUAUAGCUAUAUCCUUUAAAUCUGACUGUAUCCAAUCACAAAUUACUUGCAAUCAAAGGUUACUACUUCUAAAUCUUUCACUCCUCAAAACAUAACAGUAACAUACUCAACGGAAA